AUGGCGCACGCCGGUACUAACAAGCCGUACGCCAGUUGUGGCAAAAAUGAUGAAUCUGGACAAAGACUUGACUUGUGUUAUUGGUUCAAAGAAAAUAAGGCAAUCCAAAUUUUCUGUUUCCCACUGGAAAGUGGGGACUUUUUCUACACGGCAAUAGUUGUGAAGGACUAUGGGAAAUUUAAAAACAGCGGUGCACGGCUGCUGAAAAAGUGUGUGGUCUGUAUAAAAGUGUCAGCAUCUCAGCAGGUUUUAAGUCUACCAAGGUCGAGCAAAUAUCAGCUUGACUAUAACACCAGCACUCUAUUAAAGCACAGUUGUAUCAGUAGUAGCAUCAAAUGCAGCAUUAACAUUUCCUAUCUCCACAUGGGUAUGGCAAUGUUAAAACAAUUCUUCCCUUUCAUGCAUGUUGUUUUUCUGUUGUGCUUGCAUUUUGGUUGUCCGAGUGUAUCCGGCUCUAUGCAUGGCGGGAACGAGACUGACAGUCAGGCCUUGCUUGCGUUCAAGGCUGCAAUAACGGGCGAUUCCUCUGGAGCUCUGAACACAUGGAAUGAAUCCAUCCACUUUUGUGAAUGGGUUGGUGUAACAUGUGGCCGUCGACACGAGAGAGUUGUUGUGUUGAAGCUAAACCAUCAGAAAUUGGAAGGGUCCAUUUCACGUCACAUUGGAAAUUUGAGUUUUCUUAGGGAACUAUGGUUGCGUAACAAUAGCUUCAGUCAAACAAUACCCCCGGAACUUGGCCGCUUGCAAAGACUGCAAAAAAUAUCGCUGCUCAGUAAUUCACUUACCGGUGAAAUUCCAGUCAAUAUAUCUCGUUGCUAUAACCUUGUUGCCUUUGAAAUUUCUAGCAAUAAAUUGGCAGGGAAAAUUCCUCCAGUGCUCGGUUCCCUAACCAAGCUCGAGGGGUUGCAUAUUGGAAGAAACAGUCUGACAGGAGGAUUACCUUCGACUAUUGGUAAUCUAUCAUCUCUUAUAACUUUGUAUGCAUCUGAAAAUAAUAUUACGGGGAAUAUACCGCGUACUCUUGGUCGGUUGAAUAAACUAGAACAACUUGUUAUAGGGAUGAACAAGUUGGUUGGUACCAUUCCUUCCUCAAUCUUUAAUCUCUCUAGAAUGACUCAUAUUCUUUUGUCAAUUAACCAAUUCCAAGGGAGCCUUCCCUCGGACCUAGGAAUCACUCUUCCUAAUCUCCGACUGCUGGAAGUUGGUGUAAACUCAUUUACCGGAUCUAUUCCUAUUUCCCUAUCUAAUGCCACCAAACUAUACGAUAUUGCUUUCAUACAAAAUGACUUUACUGGAAAAGUUCCACAUUUGGAGAAGUUGCGUGAUCUUAAGCGGUUUGGGAUCGACUACAAUCAUCUCGGUACUGGGGAAGCGGAUGACUUGAGCUUUCUCAGCUCUUUGACCAAUGCCACCAAGUUGUCUAUCAUAUCUCUGGGCGAGAAUAAUUUUGGAGGUGUGUUGCCCGAAUCAAUUAGCAAUUUGUCUGCUAAUCUAGUUACCCUAAGCUUUGUCGAAAAUAACAUAUUUGGAACCAUUCCUACCGGGAUAGGGAAUCUUAUCAAUUUACAGGCUCUUGACAUGUCGAUGAACAAUCUGAGUGGUGACAUUCUUGGUAAUAUCGUGAAGCUUCAAAACCUGCAUAUUUUGAUUCUCGGGAGGAACAAAUUCUGCGGGGAGAUCCCAUCAUCUAUUUCAAAUUUAACUUUGUUAAGUACCUUAACUUUAGCAGAAAAUAACCUGAAUGGCAGUAUCCCUUCAAGCAUGGGGAAAUUGAAAUCUUUGGAGCAGCUAUAUCUUUUUCACAACAAUCUCAGUGGUGUCAUACCCAAAGAAGUUGUCAGUCUCUCAUCAUUGUUGAGUCUAGACCUUUCGCAUAACGAUUUAAGUGGUUCCCUUCCAAUGGAAAUUGGAACUUUGAGAAAUCUAGAAAUACUUGAUGUUUCUCAGAACAUGCUGGUCGGUAGUAUUCCAAGUUCUCUCAGUAGUUGUGUAACAUUGGCAUUACUAAAUUUGGAAGGCAACAAAUUCUGGGGAAUUCUCCCUUCAACUUUGGCUACUUUGAGAGGUAUGGAGGAGUUGGAUCUCUCUCGCAAUAAUUUCUCAGGAAAAAUCCCAGACUACUUAAUUGCCUUUUCCUUUUUACAGAAAUUAAACCUCUCGUUCAAUGAUUUUGAGGGCGCCGUACCAGAGGGAGGUGUAUUCAAGAAUGCAACUGCCAUUUCUGUUAAGGGAAACAACAAGCUCUGUGGGGGCAUACCUGAAUUACAGUUGCCCAAUUGUAACUCCAAAGGGUCAAGAAGGAAACCAAUUAGUCGGACCAUGAUAAUAGUAAUUCCCAUAUCUUUUGGGCUUGUAGGACUAGUGAUGGUGUUUUGUUUCCUUUAUCUUUGUUGGUUUAGAAAAACAAGAGAACCAACCUUCUCGAAAUUUUUAGGGAUCCCACUUCUCCAAUUGUCCUACCAAAGUCUACUUAAAGCUACUGAUGGCUUUUCUCCGGCUAAUCUGAUUGGUGUGGGGAGUUUUGGUUCAGUAUAUAAAGGAAUUCUCGAUGAAGGUCGAAAAUUUGUUGCAGUAAAAGUACUAAACCUUCAAUUCCAUGGUGCUUCCAAGAGCUUUAUUUCGGAAUGUAAGGCCUUAAAGAGCAUCAAGCAUCGAAAUCUUCUAAAGGUAGUCACAGCAUGUUCAAGUGUCGAUUAUCAAGGCAACGAUUUCAAAGCACUUGUGUAUGAGUUCAUGGUCAAUGGGAGCCUAGAGAAGUGGUUGCAUCCAACUGAGAUUGAAGAUGAUUCUCACGAGGGACCAAGGAGUUUAAGCCUUCUACAAAGGUUAAACAUUGCAGUUGAUGUCGCAUCUGCACUUGAUUAUCUUCACCAUCAUUGCUCAAACCCAAUACUUCACUGUGACUUGAAACCGAGCAACAUUCUCCUAGAUGAUGAAAUGAAUGGACAUGUAGGUGAUUUUGGGUUAGCAAGAUUCCUUCAAGGAGCUACCUAUAGCUCUUCUGCAAAUCAGUCAAGUUCAAUUGGCAUAAGAGGGUCUGUUGGUUAUGCGGCUCCAGAGUAUGGCUUGGGAAAUGAGCUGUCAACUUGUGGUGAUGUUUAUAGUUAUGGCAUUCUCGUACUGGAGAUGUUUACAGGGAAGAGACCUACUGAUGGCAUGUUUGGUGAUAGCCUAACCCUCCACAACUUUGUUAAGAUGUCUCUUGCUGAAGGAUUAGCGGACAUUGUUGAUCCAACAAUAUUUCAACAAAGAGAAAUAUUGGAGGAGGCAAGCUCAAGUACCAGCAACACUCGGAGUCAGAGCUCUCCUGGAAGUCAAAAAAUUCAAGAAUGCUUGAUUUCACUACUUAAGGUUGGAAUCGCCUGUUCAGAAGAACUGCCGACAGAUCGAUUGGACAUCAAGGACGUUGUUCCUCAGUUACAUGCAAUCCGUAGCACUCUUCUUAAAACCAGAGUUCAUUGGGGCAAUAAACUAGUAUUGUUGGUCAUCGCGAGAAGGUACCUAAGGUCGAAUUGGUCUUGAAGACUUGUUGAUGCUGCAUAUUCCUUGCCAUAUUACUGAUACUACCGUAUGCUUUAAUUUCUGUUUUUGGCUUCUUUACAUUUCAUUAUGUCUCAAUCUACAACUAUCCUGAUAAGUGUAUUCAAAUAAGGCCAUGCCUUGCAAUGGUUAUCCUGUCUUAAACUUCCGAAUUCUGUAGUUGGCUCGUACCUUUUAGCCUCUUUGGCACUAGUCUACAGAAUUUCGUCUUAAUGUGAAUUCUGCUGUUAGUCUUUCUGUUAUG